AUGAGGGAAAGAGAAAUUGAAACAAAUCGUACAGGAUCUAGCAUUAAAUCUAAACCCAAAACCAAUGAACAAACAACAGAGCAGCAACAACAAAGACCCAAUGCACAACGAAGGAAAACUUCUUUCAAUCGAGAUGCUGUACCAUUUGUACCUAAUUCUACAUUAGAUUCAACUUCAUCAUCUUCACAAACUAGACAUGAAUCUCAGCCGCAGCAACAACAAAAUUUUCAACCACAACAGCAACAACAUUCUCAAAUAAAUAAGCGUCGAGAAAAUUCAUCAAAACCUACCACUAUCGAUGAUGAAGCAAUUAAAUUGAGUUCAUCAAAACCUUCCACUUCGAAAUUAAAUUAUAAAAAACAUACAAGUUCAUUAUCACCUGGAAAUUCAGAAGUAACUCCAAAACCAUAUGUAAUUGAAAUUUAUAAUAUUCCGUCAGAUGUAACUGAAAAUGAUAUUGAUGAAUUAUUUCAACCUUUAAUAGAUUAUGAUUCUUACAAAAUAGUUAAAUUCAUAACAAAAGAUAAUAAUAAAGCUUCAAAAGUUUUAAUACGAGUUGAAAAUUUAUCAAUUUAUCAUAAAAUAUCUCAAACAUUAAAUGGUUCAAAAUGGAGAGAUAAUGUAUUAACUAUUAAUUUAAAUACUAGUUCUUUAGAUAAUGAUCAUAUUAAAAUUUCAAAUAUUUCAAAUCCUUCAGCAGCCAAUGCUUUAAGAAAAAACACAAACAGUAGCCAAGGUUCAUCAUCCUCAUCAUCAUCAUCAUUUGAAUUUAAUAAAUCAUUCAUACCGAAUCAAUAUAGACAAUCAUCAUUAAAUAGAAAUCAAAAUUUUCAUCAUCCAAAUUUUAGAAAUAACCAAUCAAAUGCAAAACAUUUUUCAUCAUCAUCAUCAAUAGGAGAUUCUCGAAGAUCAACAACUUCAAGUUCAAGAGGAAGUUCCAUAAGUAGAGGAAGUUCUAUAUUUUCAAAUUAUAAUCAUAGAAAUAGUUCAACAAGUUCGUCACUAGGGUCACAUGAUCUGAUACUGGGGAAACAACCUGUACCAUCGUUUAUAAUGAAUAUGGUUCAUGGAGGAAACAGAGUGCAUGUUGAUGACAAUAAUCAAAAACAAGAGCAAGAGCAAGAGCAAGAGUCUAAGCGAAAGAUAGAGCUAGGGCAAGAAUCAAUCCUGAAUCAAAAGCAACAGCAGAAGCCAGAAUCAGAACUGGAACAAGAAGAGAAACAGAACAAAUCAGAGAAAAUACAAAAGGAUGAUGGAAAUACGGAAGAUAAGGUAGAACAGCCGAAUGUUAAGGAGGAGGAGACAAACAAGGAGAACACUGACAAUGAUGAUGAAUCUGAUGAUUAUAUAGAAGUUCCAAUUGGUGAAGGUGAAAACCCAAAUGAAUUAAUAAAAGUAAACGCUACUAGAUUAUUUGUUGGUAAUGUACCAUAUACAUCUAAUUGGGCAUCAUUAAAACGAUUUUUAGUUGAAAAAGCAAAAGAAAAAGAUCCUGAUAAUUCAAUACAAAUUUUAAGAGUUGAAAUUCCAAUACAACAAGUUAAUUUCAAUGAAGGAUUAUUCAUAAAUCGAAAUGGAAUACCUCAACAACAAAUUAUUUCCAAAAGUAGAGGAUUUGCGAUCAUCACCACAAAGGAUAAAGAAUCAUCUAGAAAAUUAAUUGAAAUGUUUGAUAAUAUAGAUUUUGAAGGAAGGUCAUUAACUGUUAGAUAUGAUAAAUUUCCUCAAUAUAAUAAUUAUACUUUACAACAGUUAAGUUCAUAUAAUAAUAACAAAUUAAUUAAUAAUUCAACAUUUUCGAAUAAUCAAUCAUUUCAAGCACAACAACAACCACAUCAAACAUUAGCAUAUACUCAACAACCUAUUAAUUAUAUACCAUCACAAUUGCAUCCACAACCAAUACUAAUACCUCAACAACAAAUUUCAACACCUUUCAAUCAACAACCAAUACUUCCACAACAACCCACUCAUCAAUCACAAAAUCAAUCUUUAAAUUUUCAACAAACAAAUCCAAGAGGUCCAGCAUUAUUAAGUAAUUUAGCAUUUGAAAGAAAUUCAUUACAACAAAAAUUUUAUUAUGGAAGUGGUCCAUCUUCAAAUCAACAACAAACACCAGUACAAGGUAUAUCAUCAACAUCAUCUCAACAACAACUUCCACUGCAACCUCAAUCACAACCUCAAUUACAACAUCACUUUAAUCAACCACCACCACCUAUUCCAACAUCACAAGUAAUAAAUACAAAUUUACCACCACCACCACCACCACCAAAUAUUAAUCAAACAUCACCAGGAUAUUAUGUUAUGCCGUAUUAUUUCCCAUCAACUCCAUCUACUGGACCAACUAUGUUUUCAUCAAAUCCAUAUAAUUUUCAUCAACAAUCUAUGGCACCACCACAACAUCCACAACCGCAACAUCAUCAACAACAUCAUAAUCAUCAUCAACAACAAGCAUAUGUACCACAACAUCAUCAUCAACCUCAUUUUCACACUUCAGAUUUUGAUGAAGAAAAGGUAAAAGAAAAUGAAAGUUUUGACGAACCAGAAUAUAUAGAUAAAGACAUUCAUACUAGUGACCGGCCAACAUCUACAGAUCUAAAUACGAAUACGAAUGAAGAUGAAAAAGCAAGAGAGUUAUUUCAUGAUUUGUCAUUAGAUCCAAAGUGA